GCGUGCGUGCGUGCAUGCAUGCAUAUGAGCGAGCGUGCGAGCGGAAUCGUCGCUUUAAUCGCUGUGAUAGCCACGCGUGUCUUCUCCUUAUUGCUUCGAUUAUUGCUCGAUGGUGGCCGCUGAGAAAGAGCUCGGCCGUCGACGCAACGUCCACCGUCGCGACGGAUCGUCGCUGACACGCGGCUCCUUCGGAGCGCAUCGUCGCUGCCAACGCCGCUAUAUGGGACGCGCCUCCUUCCUGCACCUCUCGCGCACACGGGGUUACGGCGACGUCUCUGUCUCUCUUUCUCCCUCGCUCUCGUGCCGUUUGUCCGCCUCUUUGCCUCCCUACCGCUCUCUACUGUCUUCGUCCCUCCCUCUGUUUCUCUUCGGGUUUUCCUCGGGGCUUCACGCUCCCAGCGCGUUUACGCUCGUGCGUUCGUAGUGCACUCGCGCAACGACUACGUUAUCGAUGUGUAAUACGGUGUGUACGUGUGUAUGUGCGUUUAUACAGGAGUAUACAGCAUGAGCAUAACUCCGUAUCCCCGCCGCUGGCCUCUCUCUCUCUCUCUCUCUCUCACGCGUGUGUGUAUGUGCGUGUCGUGCGCUCACUGCUGUGUCUCCCUCUUGAUCCUCCCUCUCUUCCUCCUCCCACCGGCCCUGCCAUCGGCGACACGGCGUGUACGCGCGCGGUGCGUGCCAUGGGAAUUCGGCGAACGCGCGGUUUUGCACGCGAACAGCGGUGUGCUCAGCCACGUCGGGGCUGACCGAUCCUCGCCGGUGUCGGUGAAUCGAGUGUCCGAGUGUCGUCGGUGUCUCUCGUCGGUGGAUGACGCCGAGGUUGCGAAUCGUAACGAAUCGUACCGUGUCGUGUCUAGCCGCCAACUUCGCGGUUAGAACCGUUAGAGAAGAGAGCACGAGACAUUCUGACGGGAAUCCGCAUCUAUCACAGAGUCUCCGCUUGAAUCUCCGAGGUUUCGAGUAUUAUUCGAGUUCUUCUGUCAUUCUUCGAAACCUCUGUGAAGGAGGCUUCGACGUGACGACACCGCGGCGACGAUAAUCUCAGGCUCGUCACCCCGAAGACUGAAUUCUUAAUCUGUGUGAAAAAGAUCUGCGAAUACGCUUAAUCAUACAUCACAAGGAGAGAAGCUUUACAGGCAUCUGUAUUUACCUCCGCAUUAUUCCCCUUUUCAAAAUAUAAAUGAGCAAUAUACAGACAGCUCGUAUCUUCAAAAUGGUGUGAGCUGUUAUAAACCAUCUGUUGUUCCCAGCAAUGGGUUACACACAUCUCGUGUUGCGCCACCAUGGGCGCUAUCACACAAUUUCAUGCAGUGGGUUGAUCGAGGAUUGAUAGCACACAACACUGUGUACGACACAUAUGAUUUACAUCACAAGGACAAAGGUACCACGGAAUCCGUCGACUUGAACCCUGAAGAUUCUACAGAGUUGUUGCAAACAACGGUACACAAUGACAGGAUAGUGAAUUCUAGUGUUUUGAGCAGUGCAACCAAUGAGUCGCUAUCCAGACACACGGGAACAUUGCCGGAAGAAACGCACGCGGAUAGUUCGGAUAAUUAUCGGAAGGACUUUGUUGAAAGGACGUUUAACUUAUUAAAUAUCGUUGAGCCGACGAUAUCCUUGUAUUGCACUGCGGAGGAUAGAGGAGAAAUUCCAGCUGAAUCGCGAGGAAAGAUCUCUUAUCACGACGAAACGGAGAUUACUACCUCCAGCAGCCGUGCGUCGAAGCACUCGACGACUGACACGAAUGACGACGCGUUGAGAAUCGUGUCAGACAUUAUCGAGCAGUGCGAGGAAGCUUUCGACGAUUGCGCUACUUCCGUAUCGGAUAAUGAACCGCUUGACUUGGUAAUAAAUUCGAAGAGAGGUGCGCACAACCACGGUGAGGCGAAAGAUCAACUCGACGAGUACUUAUCGGUCAUCGAUAAAGAGACGCUUCCAGUGGGCGGUGCCAUUGUAAAAGAAAUAAAUCAUUCCUCCGAUGCACAGGGUUGUCACAAUGUGAAGUACAAGAAUUACGGUUUACUACAGUUUUCCGACUUAGACAAGGUAUCAUGUAACUCGGACAGGGGCAAGGAAUUAUUGAAGGCUGUCAAUAACUUGCACACCGAUGAUGAUGAGAUAAGUGGGAAAGCUGUGACGGAUGACAAUUUGAAGCAAGAGAAAGCGUACGAUAUUCUGGACAAGUACGUCACGCAUGUGUUGCCUUCGCGUUUGAGUGACGCCAAGCAGAAAGGGUUGUCUUGGACGUGUGCACGGUCGAGCGUUAAAUGUAACAACAUUAAGAAAGAAUACGCCACCGAGGAAGAAGCACACAAGACAGAGAGCACUGUCUACAAUACGAGGUUAAAUAAUUGGGAGUAUCUCGAGAUGUCAGGGCAGUAUCCGGGACAUAGCCGACCACCGGUUGGCACGCCUCCACCGCACACUGUCUGGAAUCACCUCACUAUGACGCAGGGUCAAGUUUCAGGUCUCAAUAUUCAUCCGACGGCGUUGUCCGGCACCACGUUGAAUUCGGCCUUUUACACGCAUCAGUCCAUCGGCCGAACGUCUCAUCUGACUCCGCAACAUGCUCAUACGCAAGCAGCACCAACGUGGCACACGCCUACGGUACCUCCGAAAAACAUCACGCCAGCGAGCACGACGAACACCCCUUUAUUCAAUCUGCAAAUGCUGGUAGACAACAGGCAAAAUCAAAAUCAAUACAGAAACUCACCGGGCUCGCAGAGCACGUUGGACCUCUCGUCCACGUCCGAGAUCAUCCCGGAGAAUUACUCACGAUUACCUCAGGAUAUUCCCAUCAGUCUCACCGCGAGAAACGUAGAUAAAGGCAGUCGGAACGGUAACAUAAUCUCACCGCCGAUACCGUUGAACGGCGAGACUUCGUCGGACAGCGGUAUCAGCUCGUCUGUACCGACUCCGAACUCCGUCAGCGAGCCAGUCUCGUUAUCGACGAAGGAGGUCACUACACCUAAGAUAACGGUGAAGAACUUCGAGAGCAAUUUGAAGGGAGUUGCGAAUCUCCACGAUAAGAUUAAGGAAGUGAAUGUAGAUAAUUUUGCGCAGAAAAUGAUCAACUUACCGCCCAGUGUAACGAUAGAGAGGGUGGAGAAGAAGGAGCCCGAUGCGGCAGUGGUGACGGCCGCGGCAAAAGUUAAGGACACGUUGAGUGUUAUCGCGCAAGUGCCAAGAAACGUCUUACCCGUCAUAGUCAAUCGUGCAGCCAAGGAGAAGGACGUCACGGACAGUCCUAAGAGAGAAUCGUCCUCCGAGAGGGACAAGAAGCUCGACGAGACGAGCGUGAGGUCGCCCAAGAGCUUGCCGAAGAGGGGCAAGAAGGGUGUCGAUUCUCUGCUGGAGAAGUUAGAGGGUGGCAAUAAGAAGCUCGGCAGCACAGAGAAUAUUGGUUCGGUGAUUGUGACGCCUGUGGAGGACAAGGACAGCUCGAGUGUGAAGAGCAUGUCGCCGGAGAGGCAGAAAUCCAAAUCGCCGAAUCGGGAGGACGAGGUGGUCUCGCCAGCGUUCAGCAACGAUGACUCGAACGACAACACCAAGCAGCAGCGUAGGAAAAGAAAACUCGAGAAACCCGUGAGGCUCAGCAAGGACUCGAAAACGGAAGUCGAAGAUAUGGAGCUCGAGCCCACGGAACCUUCGGAAUCGAGGGCCAUCGCCGACCCCGUGCUAGAGGAGACCGUCAAAUCCUCGUCCGUGUCGAUGAUGUCUGGUGAGCGAAAACUGGAAGAGGAGCAACAACCGGUAGCUGUGAUGGUGGAGGAGAGAAUACCGAACGAGAAAGCCGGAGAUGAGAACGUGGAGGACGAGAGGUUGGAGGAGGAGAACCAGCCGAUCCGAAGGCGGCGAAGCAGCGACGGUGCGACGAGUAACUCGGCGAAUCAGAGGGUACGGAGAAAAUCGAGCGACGACGCGUCCGCGGAAUUCGCGAAAGCGUCGACGAGUCCGAAGAACAACGCCGCGUCUAACAACAACAACGCGACGAAUCCCUUCAACGAGGUCGAGUCGGAGUUGGAGAAGAUGUUCGCCGGAAUCGUGGAGACGGACUCGAAUAUCAAAAGUGAAGAAUCAAAAGCGGAACUGGCUAGCGCGGAAAUUCAAGGUGUCGACGACGACGCGAGUGUGAAGCUCGAGGGCCUUGAGAACAAUAUUUUGCCGACGACGAGUACACACCCAAACGUUAAUCCCAUCGACGUGUCCUCCACGAUGGACACGAAGCUCUCAGGGAAGAAAGGCAAGAAAGGCAAGGCGCAGAGUCGCAAGCGAAAGGUCUCCAGAUCGUCGGAGAAUAUCUUCGGUGCAGCGGGUGACCCUUCGAUAAAGGACGCGAAAAAGAGGCGAACGUCCAAAGGCUCAAAGAAGCAGGACCAGUCGAAGAAGGCGAAGCGCAACACCAAGAUCGACGGUCUGAGGGAGAUGGCUUAUGAUUCUGGCUCGAAUGCAAGUUCCAUCAGGUCACGGGGGCCGGUCGUGCACGUGGAGGGCCCGCGAGACAGUCCGCUGAGCAUCCAAGUAGUCAACGCGCCACGGGAAGAAGAGGAGGAGAAGAACAAAGAGAAGAGGAAAAGCAACGGUAAUAGCAACGCGGGACGUGGCAGCAAGAGGCUCAGUCAUCAGAACGAUUUGGAUUACAGAGGUAGAGUCAACAACGCGGGCCUCUUCAGUUCGACUCUGUCGUCGCGAUACGACGCGCAUACACCAGACUCGACAUGGGUCUGCGUGUUUUGUAAACAAGGCCCGCAUUCCAUUAUACCCGGCGAUCCAUCCAGACCGCAUCCGAAUUUGGCUGGACCGCAUAUCGCUUCCGGCACGUACACGGUCCCGGCGGGUGUAUCGGGCGACUUGUUCGGACCAUAUUUGAUUGGCAAAGAUCGGUUAGAGGACGGCAAAGAGCGGUUGGAGGACGGCAUUCUGUCUGCCGACGAGCAAGAGAUCACCAGGGAGCAGAAGAAAGGCGGCAAGAACAAGAGGAGCCUGAGGUACGCAGGUCUCGCUGAUCAGUUCUCGGCCAAGAUGGGCAAAAAGAAGCGGAACUCUGUCGAGAGUAAUACAAACGCUAUGUUCACGGGCAUGACCAUGCUCCCCGGCGAGGAACAACGUUGGGAGGUGUGGCUUCACGAACAGUGUGCGGUGUGGGCGGCUGGGGUCUACAUGGCGGGUGGUAGAGUGACGGGGUUGCAAGAAGCAGUGUGGGACGCUGCUAAGUCGAUAUGCUGUUCCUGCGGUUUGACGGGUGCAAAUAUCGGUUGCAUAAAGCGAGGUUGCAAAGCGGUCUCGCAUUAUCCUUGCGCGCUGACGAAAGGUUGGCACCUCGACACGAAUCAGUACAUACCUAAGUGCAACCUCCAUCGAGUCACGUGAAACACCGGUGAGUCCUCGACGAGCGUGUAUAGGUUGUAAUGUGGAUUUAGGUCAUAUUCAUUAUAUCAUGUGACGAUCCGGCUUUAAUUAGAAUGCACCGAAUAAUGGGCAAUAACACAACAUAAGGGACUAAGUAUAUAAAUUCAUUCAUGACUGAAGAAGAUAGCCUUACUAGUUAGUAAGGUAUGUUCUAGUUAACAAAGCGUGAAGCAAAACAUUCUCUCAUCGUGUAACUGAUACAAUCGCUCGCGUGUGCAUUAAGAGUUACGUUGUGAUCGGAACGUAAGAGUAUCAUAAUUAGCGACAAUGUAACCGAUGAAACUACAAAUACAUAAGUCUAACGCUGAAUCGAUACUCUAUAUUUCUCUCUGUUCUAACUGAUAGAAACGAAUUUUCUCAUUUGGUAAACAAGUGCGGGAUGUUUUGAGGCAACGCUUUGUGUAUCGUUUGAUGCAUAAGUGUAUCCUGGAGGGUGAAAGUAUAAAUGUGAGAGCGAUUAUACUAAUUUCCAGACAUAGAACCAAUAUGCUCGAGAAAAAAAAAACAAGAAAACCUUCCAAUGUACAAGGUGUUUAAUACUAGAUCGCUAUUAAAUAUUUCUGGGAAUUUCAAAACAAAAAAAAAAGAAGAAAGAAAACUAAAUGCGAGACAAACGCGAAAGUGAAGAAAUAGAAAUUCUUCUCAAUGAUUGUGAAUUUAAUUGAUUUUCUUGGCCUGUGGCCUUGAACAGUGGCCUUUUCGACUUAAUAUAAAAAGAAAAGCAAGAUUUUUUUAAUUUUGAAUCUGUAGAAUAGACGGAUCUCUCUCCGCUAUUGAGAAACAAUGAUAAUCAAAAAAGAAAAAACAAAAAAAGGGAGGGGAAGGAAAGGAAGAAAAGUGUUUGCUUUUUUACUGAUCUUUAUGAAACUCUAAAACACGACAAACUUUCUUAACAACAUCAUUGUACACAGGAACACAUACAUAGGGCAUAUUGUACCGAACGUCAUCGAACAUGAAAGUUGUAAAAACAAUGAUACGAGAACCAUUGAAAUCGGAUGUGCAUAAACGCGGUAAAAAGAAAAGUCUGUAAUCGUAAGCGGAAAUUGAAUAUUCUGUCUUUUCUUUUGCAUGAGGCUCGAGCAUAAGCAUGUGUGCAGGCAAGUGUUCUCUAAUAAAUGUAAAAAAGAAAAAAAACCUGUUUGUACAUACAAGAAAGAGAAGAAUAAAAGAAAUAUA